AAUGUGCAAACUCCACACUUAUACAAAACCGGAUGAUCCAUGUGUUUUUAAUUUAAAACAAGAAAAUCUUACCUUAUAAGGGUGUGAAUAUGAUCACAAAUUUGCUUACGUUUGGACUGACUUAAAAAUUUCUCAAAAAUUUUAAAUUGUAAAACUUCCCAAACAUUUCUCCAUUACUAAUUUCCCAAAAUAAUUUUCCAUCCUAGUGUAUAUUUCUUGUGGAAGUGUUUCUCUUUUUUGACUGCACAACAAAUCAAAAUCCUUGCAUAAAUCGCAGGCCUAAUUGAAUUUAGUCUUAAAUGACACUAUGAAUGAGUUCAAAACCUCUCACGGCUUACCUAACAGAGACCACAUGACCGCCCCGCAGUGUGACCCGAGGCCUAAACACGUAUGUCAUGGUAAGUACAUAGACUUCUUAAUCCUGUUGAUGGAUUAAAGCAACGCUCUGGUGACAACGACGUGGGUUUAUUUCUCUUGACCAAUCAGAGAAAUAAGAGCAGCUAGUUAACACUACUGUAAAUGUGUGCAUGUUUGUGGUCCGUCUAAUAUAUCAUACUGUAUGCCGCACUGCAGGUUGGAAGGAAAAAAGUUGGAUAUCUAAACUUUUAAAGACUGAAGAUACUGUACCUCAUCUUCAGGUCCUAAUUCAAUCAUGUCCUCGCACUAUAAGAUCUACUCUGUGAUAAGCUGCCUUUUACUUCUGUCAAGCAUGUUUCCAGUGGUCCAGUCACGUCGAGGUGGGGGGUUUGGGCGUGGUGGGGGUGGCGGGGCUGCCAGACGUGGCGUAUGGGGUGGUGAAAGCGCCGGUCGUGUAGGCUGGGGAGCAGGAGGUGGCCAUCCUCAUCAUGCCCCACCUGUCCAUACUGGAGGCUCAUCUGGACACGGUACAGGAAGAGUAGUGGGGGCAGCUGCGGCUGGAGCAUUGGGGGGCAUGCUAAUCGGACAUGGCCUCAGCUCCAUGGCCCAGCCUGGGUACGGGCACGGUUACGGAGGCUAUGGAGGUUACGGAGGGUAUGGACAUGGAUAUGGGCACGGCCACCCUAGACAUGGAGCACAUGGCGGUGGGCAAUGGGACAAUCACGCUGAGUUUCACAAUGAGACAGACAUGGAUUAUUAUACCGGUGCUGCCAGUUUUGGACCCAUUUAUAGCUGUGUAAUGGUCUGUGGAGCUGUAAUGUCAUUCUUACUUGGCCACUUUCUGUCAUAGGGGCACUUUAAUGUGGGUCUUUUUAGCACCUGCUAAAUGAAAAGAGAUUUUGGGUUUCUAAAAAUGAAUGCAAUAUUGAAACAUGCUAUUUAAUGCAAUAAAACUCUUGAGGUGUCUUUUGACCUUUAUGUUAAAUUGACAGUUGAAUUUACAUAGUUUUGACAUAAGGACUGUAUACAGUGUAACCAAAUGUUGUUGUUUUUUUGCUCUGCAAGCAAGUUAUGAUGAGCACAUGCCUGAAACAAAAGCCUGUACAUUUAUUAUAUUUUAGCAUUAGAAGUUUUUUAAAUCGUUAAUUUUUUUGUAUAAUGAUGUAUGCACCCUGAGUAGCUACCAUGUACUGUGUAUUUUAAGCAAAUUUAAUUGUAAGUUUAUAGACUGUUUUCUUCCAAAACCGUUUCACCUCCUCAAUGUUUAAAUCUGUUUUCGUCCCUGCCAUUUACGCAAGCGAACAUUCAAAAUAAAACAAGGCUUACGGUAAAUCACAUUAAACUAUUAGAAGCUUGACAAAGCGAUUCGAGCUGAGAACAAAUCUUGUUAAAGAUCUCGGCCGCUGUCUAUCUCACUUCCCCCAGCAUCUUAUUCUCUUAAACCAAUAAGAUUUCAUUACGCUUUCCUGCACCACAUCCUUAGGUUUCUAUCAGUAUGCAUGUUUAUUUUUGUACAGCUAAAACAAUUAAAUAAACUUCUUAA